CUCGUCUCAGUGUUUUGUAGUUAGCGGAAUAUAUGCUGAGUGGACACGGAUGUGGUUUCAUGGGCCGCUCACCGACGAUUUCACUUUCAUUCAGGGUAAAGCGAUUGCGACUGGUUUGAAGACAUCUCAAGUGAAGUCUGGGUUUAAGUGACUUUUCAUCAACAACUUCAACAGCGAAGUCGGAGACUGGCUACAGCGUUUUUAUAUCUGUCGUCUGCAACUUGUCGUCUGAGGAUGGGUUUAUCGCUGGCAGAGGUCUUGUAUACCUGUGGUCAAAUUAUCUACUUAUAUUUGGAAUCCUUCUGUAAGCUGCUGUUUCCCCCUGGACGCCGUGACGUCACGGGUUGGCGCGUGCUCAUCACGGGCGGUGGUCAUGGAAUUGGCCGCGAGAUGGCGUUGGAGUUUGGGCGCCUUGGAGCAGACGUCAUUCUCUGGGACAUCAAUGUGGAGGACAUGGAGAACACUGCUGAUGAUGUUCGGGCUGUCGGCGCCAAAGUUUCCACCUACACAUGUGACGUCAGCCGCGCAGACGACAUCAAGGACGUGGCGGAGCGCCUCCGGGGAGAUGUCGGAGGUGUUGAUGUGUUGGUGAAUAACGCUGGGGUGUUGAAUGGAGGGACUUUCCUAGAGAUGACGUCAGCAGAUAUCAGAAAGACGUUUGAGGUCAACACUUUGGCUCAGUUCUGGACAGUUCGGGAGUUUCUGCCCGGGAUGAUAGAUCGCAACCGCGGCGUCAUUCUCAACAUAGCUUCAGCAUCGGCAAAGUCGGGGACGGCCUACCUCGUCGACUACAGUUCCUCCAAGGCGGCAGUUUUGGUUUUCUCCGAAGCUUUGGCGGAGGAGAUGGCGUUGCUAGGUUACAGCUGGAUACAGGUGACAGUCGUCUGCCCGGCCUUUGUUAGUACAGGAUUGUGCCGCAACCCCAAAGACAGAAUCAACCGUCUACUGAGUCCUAGGGAGACGGCGCUCGCCGCCAUUGAUGGAAUGUUGAGAGGAGAGUUUGUAGUACAUGUACCGAAGUCUCUGUGGCUGGGCCUGAAGUUCUCCGAAAUGCUUCCAGAAAGAGCUCACAUGAGAAUCAAAUCAUCCCUGAAUCUGGGUAUCGAUCCUCAGUACUCGCCCCCUGUCAUUGCCAAGGUCAAGGACAAAGAAAAGUGUCAAGGAAUUACAGAUCUGGAUCAAGUUCCUGGUGAAGAUAAUAUUCAUUGUCUUCAGUAGAGGAUGUCUCAGAACAUUAUCCCUCCUGUGAACAAUACCUACUAGUAACCUUUAGAACACGUAUCUUGGAUGCCUUGGAUCUGCUUGUUCAACUAUAGUGUCAAGGGCCAGUCAGUGAUGGUUACAAUAUUUGAACGGUAUUUCAGCAAGCUGGUAAGGGGGCCAGAAUGUGUGUGGUGACCCCCUUGUAGUGCAAGUGGUCUCUGCACAUCGUAAUCAGGACGCAUCAUGUGACUGCCAUGUUCAACGUCAUUAGUGAGUGAGCGGGUCAGUAGUGUGUGGACCGCCUCCGUGGUGUAGUGGUGAAGUGUCCGCCCGGAGAGAGGAAGGUCCGGAUACGAAAAAAUGUUAAAAGACAAUCUUGUCGCGACUCGCCU